AUGAGGAGGGGGCUAGAAAAGGUGGGUGCCCAAAACAUUGCCUGCUUCACCUUACCCUGGCCAGCAUACCACGGCUGGCGGGGAUCCCAUAAAAGCGGUCGAACAAAAACAAAACUUAGAGUGACACCGAUCACCAUUGGCACAUGGAAUGUGCGCACGCUACUGGACAACAUCACGGCAGACAGACUAGAGAGAAGAACAGCGCUUGUUGCCAGAGAGCUCGCACGCUACAACAUUGACAUUGCAGCCCUUAGCGAAACUCUCCUUGCUAAUGAAGGACAGCUGUCCCAGUCAGGCGGAGGCUAUACAUUCUUCUGGAGUGACCGUGGCAGUGAUGAGCAUCGCGAAUCUGGAGUUGGCUUCGCCAUCAAGAAUCAUCUUGUUCGGAAACUUGCCAGUCCCCCCAAGGGUGUGAAUGACCAACUCAUGACAAUGCAGCUUCCGCUUCAAAAAGGAAAACAAGCUACUUUGAUCAGCGCAUACACUCCCACAAUGACCAACCCAGAGGAUGUGAAGGAUAAAUUCUAUGAAGAACUAGAUGCUCUGCUAUCAUCAGUGCACAGCACAGACAAGUUGAUCCUGCUUGGUGAUUUUAACGCAAAAGUUGGAUGUAAUGCCGCAGCCUGGGAAGGAGUCAUUCAGAAAAAUGGAGUGGGAAAGUGUAACAGCAAUAGCCUGUUACUGCUGAAAACUUGUGCAGCACAUGACCUUCUGAACACCAAUACGGUCUUCCGCCUCCCUACCUGUAACAGGCCUUCAUGGAUGCAUCCCCGUUCCAAGCACUGGCAUCUGAUCGACUAUGUCAUCAUCAGGAGAAGGGACAGACAAGAUGUCAGGGUUACAAAAGCUAUAUGCGGCGCUGACUGUUGGACGGAUCACAGGCUCAUAGUAUCCAAAAUGAAUACCGAAGAGACGACCACAAGGCUGCGGCAAGACUGGUUUGAUGAAAAUGAUGCAGAAAUCCAGGCCCUACUUGCUGAGAAGCACCGCCUGCAUCAUGCAUAUCAGAACGGCCCAUCCUCAGUGGCAAAGACGACUGCCUUUAUCAACGCUCACAGAACAAACCAGCUGUCAAGUGGCAAAGCCCCAGGGUCAGAUGCCAUACCAGCAGAGGUGUACAAAGUCGGUGGACCCGUGCUGCUACGGAAACUCACUGAGCUGUUUCAGUCCUUCUGGAAGCAGGGAUCCAUUCCACAGGAAUUUAGAGACGCGUCCAUCGUGCACCUCUAUAAGCGGAAGGGCAAUCGCCAAGUAUUUGCCAAUCACCGUGGAAUCUCGCUGCUCUCUACAGUGGGGAAAGCUCUUGCAUGGGUACUACCAGAAUCACAGUGUGGCUUCCGCAAGGGACGUGGGACUAUUGACAUGAUCUUCGCUGCGCGUCAGCUACAGGAGGAGUGUCAAGAGCAGAGUCGUGAACUCUACACAACUUUUGUAGACCUCAUGAAAGCGUUCGACUCUGUCAGUCGCCAGGGUCUGUGGAGGAUCAUGUCGAAAUUCGGCUGUCCAGACAGAUUCAUACGAAUGGUAAGUCAAUUUCAUCACAGAAUGAUGGCUCGUGUCCUGGAUGACGGUGAAACAUCUGAGGCCUUCCCAGUCACCAACGGCGUCAAGCAAGGCUGUGUUUUAGCACCCACUUUGUUCAGCAUGAUAUUCUCUGCCACUCUGACUGAUGCCUUUCAACACUGCACUGAAGGAGUAGGCCCGAAGUACAGAACUGAUGGGAAACUAUUCAAUCUGAGGCGACUGUGUGCCAUCACCAAGGUGAAGGAAACUGUACUUCGAGACUUUCUCUUUGCUGAUGAUUGUCCUCUGAAUGCUAGUACAGAGCCAGAAAUGCAAGCCAGUAUGGACAAGUUUUCAUCUGCAUGCUACAACUUCAGUCUCCCCAUUAAUAUCAAGAAGACUGAGGUCAUGCACCAGCCAACUCCCCAUGCUCCGUACUCAGAACCAUCCAUCACUGUAAAUGGACAGAGACUUCAGGCAGUGGACCACUUCACGUACCUGGGCAGUACCCUUUCCCGAGCAGUGUCAAUCGACGAUGAAGUAAAUUGCAGAACUGCUAAAGCCAGCUCUGCAUUUGGCCGAUUGCGCUCCAACAUCUGGGAACGUUAAGGGAUCAGCCUACCAACGAAGCUGAAGGUCUACCAAGCAGUGGUGCUUCUAACUCUGCUGUACGCCUGCGAGACAUGGACUGUCUAUCGGAGUCAUGCACGAAGGCUCAAUCACUUCCACAUUUCCUGUCUGCGAAAGCUUCUAAAAAUCAGAUGGCAGGACAAAGUGCCCGAUACUGAAGUCCUUACCAGAGCCAGUCUGCUGUCAGUUCACACACUGCUGAUGAGAGCCCAGACCAGAUGGGCCGGACAUGUCAUGAGAAUGUCAGACGAACGCAUUCCUAAACAACUCUUCUACGGAGAACUCACCCAGGGAAAGCGCUCCCAUGGAGGACAAAAGAAGCAGUUCAAAGACACG